AUGUUCGCCUCCUGCCGCUGCGCGCCGAGAGGCAGGACCGCGAAGAUGAUCCACUUUCGCAGCUCCAGCAUCAGGUCGCUCAGCCAGGAGAUGACAUGCACCAUCCGGCUGCUGGACGACUCGGAGGUCUCCUGCCACAUCCAGAGGGAGACGAAAGGGCAGUUUCUCAUCGACCACAUCUGUAACUACUACAGCCUGCUGGAGAAGGACUACUUUGGCAUUCGCUAUGUGGACGCAGAGAAGCAACGGCACUGGCUUGAACCUAACAAGGCUGUCAUCAAGCAAAUGAAAUCCCAUCCACCAUUCACCAUGUGCUUUAGAGUGAAAUUCUACCCACACGAGCCCUUGAAGAUUAAAGAAGAGCUCACAAGGUACCUCCUGUACCUGCAGAUUAAGAGAGAUAUUUUCCACGGCCGGCUGCUGUGUUCCUUCUCUGAUGCUGCCUACCUGGGUGCCUGUAUUGUUCAAGCUGAGCUCGGUGAUUUUGAUCCUGAUGAGCAUCCUGAGAAUUACAUCAGUGAGUUUGAGAUUUUCCCCAAGCAGUCACAGAAGCUGGAAAGAAAAAUAGUGGAAAUUCAUAAAAAUGAACUCAGAGGCCAGAGCCCACCGGUUGCUGAAUUCAACUUACUCCUGAAAGCUCACACUUUGGAAACCUAUGGGGUGGAUCCUCACCCGUGCAAGGAUUCAACAGGCACAACAACAUUUUUAGGAUUCACUGCUGCAGGUUUUGUAGUAUUCCAGGGAAAUAAGAGAAUCCAUUUGAUAAAAUGGCCAGAUGUCUGCAAAUUGAAGUUUGAAGGGAAGACAUUUUAUGUGAUUGGCACCCAGAAGGAGAAAAAAGCCAUGUUGGCUUUUCAUACUUCAACACCAGCUGCCUGCAAACAUCUUUGGAAGUGUGGUGUGGAGAACCAGGCCUUUUAUAAGUAUGCAAAAUCCAGUCAGAUCAAGACAGUGUCAAGCAGCAAGAUAUUUUUCAAAGGAAGUAGAUUUCGAUAUAGUGGGAAAGUGGCCAAAGAGGUGGUGGAGGCGAGCUCCAAAAUCCAGAGGGAGCCUCCCGAGGUGCACAGAGCCAACAUUACUCAGAGCCGCAGUUCCCACUCCCUGAACAAACAGCUCAUCAUUAACAUGGAGCCCCUGAAGCCCCUGCGUCCUUCCCCCCGUGAGCAGGAGGAGGAGCUUGUGCUGGGUGAGGGUGUCCCGUUGCCUAAAGAGGAUGCCAUUUCUGCUCCCUUCAUCUCCAGCUCUCCAGUGAAGGAAGCCCGGGAGUAUGAAGAUCCCCCAAGCGAAGAGGAAGAUAAAACAAAAGGAGAGCCCUUAACCAUCUCUGAACUAGCCUGUGACCCAAGUGCCAGCCUGCCCCCCAUCCCUGUUGACAACGAUGAGAUUGACAUGCUCUUCGACUGUCCCUCUAGGCUUGAGUUGCAAAGAGAAGACUCGGAUUCCUUUGAGGAGCUGGACGCAGAUGAAAAUGCCUUUUUGGUUGCUGAAGAGGAGGAGUUGAAGGAGGCUCGCCGAGCUUUGUCGUGGAGCUAUGACCUUCUGACGGGCCAUAUUCGGGUGAACCCACUGGUCAAGAGCUUUUCCAGGCUCCUUGUGCUGGGCCUGGGACUGCUGCUCUUUGUCUUUCCCCUGCUCCUCCUCCUUUUGGAGUCAGGUAUUGAUCUCUCCUUCUUAUGUGAAAUCCGCCAGACACCAGAGUUUGAGCAGUUUCACUAUGAGUACUACUGUCCCCUCAAGGAGUGGGUGGCUGGGAAAGUCAGCGUCCUCCUCUACAUGCUGGGCUGCUCAUGAAGCUAAUACCUCAUGUGACUAAGGGCUAUAUUCAAUACUCGUGACUUUUCCCCCCAGUAAAUGCCUGGUUCUGAAUGGUCACGGGGCCGUCGGCAGGUGCCCCGUACUCAUAACUGAUUGUUCGGACCCUUAAGCUAGCUUUCCAUAACUCACUGCACUUAAAUAAGUUUAGAUCAAUUACAGUCACUCUAGUUACAGGUCAGGAAGAUGGCCUGUAGAUAACCAAAAUAUGUUUAUUUUUUAUUAUAGUGUACACAUACUCAUUAUCUAUUAUAUCAUGAUACAUAACACAUUGGACCGAAUUAGACUUUCCUGCUUUUAAUAGUUGGCACCACUGCAAGCCAUAAGGUUCAGAGUCAGAAUUUUAGUAAAAACCCAAGAGAAAGGUUUUGAAUAUAAUCCUUAGUGAACACAAUGUCCUCUAACCAAUGCCUAUACAACUAAAUUUAUGCUGGGUUUUUGUUUUUGUUUUUUUAAAAAAAUAUUUUUAUGUGUUCAAACUAUUUUGGUAAAUUUUUAGUAAAAAAAGAAGCCUUCUGGAGUUAUUUAAGUGUACAGAUUGCAAAACUAAUGCAUGAAGGAUGUAUUAGGAAUUUUUUAAUGUUUUGGCACUGGUUUAUUUUUUAAAAUAUUUUGGACAGAACAAUUCUAUAAUUCGUUACCUGCAUAUGAGAUAGAAAAUGGGUAGAAAGACACUGCAGCAGGUAAAGUCCUGAAACAGGUGAUGGAUCUGGAGUCUGUAGAAGCCAAGAGCAUCAAGUGGACACAGGAUGAUCUGUUUUUCAAAGUAUCUGGACAAGAUGACUUGUUACUUUCAUUUGUAUUCUGUUCAUAUAUUUUGGCUGGGGGAGCAGAAUGUUUUUACAAGAAAGCGAAACUUUAAAGGAAAAAAGGUAAAAGAUGUGCCAGUUAACUGCCUGUUGUUGUACAUUAACCCAAGAGCGGAAGCAACAGGAACUGGACAAAUGGAAAGUGGCCAGAAAGAGUCCUGGCGAGGCUGCCAGGCAAGUGAAUGCAGUCACAGGGUCUGUUUUAUGAAAGUGAUGGUGACACAAGGCGGUGGAUGAUGUAAAGGACAGGGCACCCACUGUCUGAGUUGACAUGAACGUGUUUAACUAGAUCUAAAUAACAGUGGAGAAACUUUAAGGUAAAUUUUCUGGUCCCUUAUGCCAUUCGUUGUGAUUCUGUGAAAGAAACUUCACAAGUGUGUGUGUGUGUGUGUGUGUGUGUGUGUGUGUGUGUGUGUGCGUGCGCGCGCGCGCGUGUGCGUGUGUGCGUGUGUGUUUGUGUGUGCAUGUGUGUGCGUGUGAGAGAGAGAGAGAGAGAGUGAGAAUAUGAACGGCUUUUUGAUAAAGGCCAGUGACCGUCCUAUGUGGUGGUCAUUAUACGCCUUUCAUUUUCAGUUUUCUUAAGAUCUUAACUCUUCAUAAUUGGGGCUUCCAUUGGGCAUUCCAGUUCCACUUGUUGAUGGAGCUCCAAGAGCUUUAUUAGAUAUUUAAUUUUGAAAUUAAGUUUUGGAAGUCAGUUCAUGAAGCCUUCAGCUGAGCAAAGUGUAAUAUUUGCUAUUAAGUUUGCAGAGCUUAUUGUUUCUCAUGUGCUUUCAGUGAUUUAUUUUGCUUUUUAAUGAAGAAUGUUUAAUACCUGAAAUUUGAUACCAAUGUAAAAAUAUAUUUUCUAUGAUUGGAGCACUCAACAAUUUAUUUUGCAAGUUUCAAAUGGCCAGCUGUGAAAUCAAAGUUUUCUUUUUUCCCUCUUUUGUCAUGACGUCUAAGCUGUAUUUUUUGACAUGGGGGUGCUCCCGCAUGCUCCACACAAAGUACCCCCUUUCUAAUCGUGCUUCGUUAUCAGUUUCCUUGAAGUUUUAAUCAUGACAAGUCAUCUAGCUUUCACCCUUUUAAAAUAAUAACAAUACUCAUAUUUUUUAAAUUAUGGAGGUAUCAUGUUUUCCAUUGUAAAAUAUUUGAAAAAUAUGACAGGAUAAAUAUCAUGUCAUCCAACCAUGCAGAUUUAUGUUAGGGAGUCAUAAAUAUAUUAUUUGAACACUUCCAGCUAACAUCUUUUUUCUCUUAGGCAGAAACUUCACUGUUGAGUAGAACUGUUUUUAAGUGAAAGAGUUGACAGAGUAAGGUCUGUUGAAUUUAAGCAAUAGACACCAAAAGCAAAUCUGGGAUCUUGAAAUGCCAUUUGAAAGGCAUAGAGUCAGAGCCUUUGGGAAACAUCUAUUUAAGUCUUGUCAGAAGAUAGUCACCAGUUGCCUGAAUCAAAUGAGGAAAAGACGGCGGGGAUGUGACAUAGGGACAUACAGAGCGCAAAGCAAGUGUGUGAGUAUAUGUAUAUCCCAUAUUAUUGACACAAGUGUGUUCAUAUAUGUGCAUAUUUGUACAGACACAACUGUUGUGGCCUUCAUACAUAGUUGUGCUUAUUUUGCCCCAACUGAGGACUUUGUGACAUGUUACUGUUCUUUUUGCUUCUCAUAUUCGUGGUGGGUAAAACCCACAACCUCAAAGUUUUAAAUUUUCCAUGAGAACCACUGUGUACAUUUGUGGAUUAUACACACACACACACACACACACACACACACACACACACACACACACACACACACAUAUGGCAAAUACAUGUACCCACACAAUCUUGUCUUUAGUGCUAGUGCAAGUUGGAUCAUGAAAACAAUGUAGGUAAAGCAUGUAUUUCUGUCUGUGCUUGGAACAUAUGUAAAAUGUCAUGUGUUUAGAUAUAUUUUGUUGUUUGUCUAAUAUUUAUAAACACAACUCUGGGGAGAAUUCACAUUGAGUUGAUUUCAUUAAAAUACUAGCGAUAUGGGGACCGUGUUAUUGUGAUUGGAGCCUUAUCUUUGUAUAGUGAAAUUUGCAUUUCUUUGUCAACAUCCAGAUUGUUUUAUAUGCUAAUAUGGUGGCAGGAAUCCCUAAUAAAAAUACUCUGGGGUAAAAUA